GCGAUCUUGUCUUUUGCAGUACAGCUGGACCUUAAAGGGGGCGUGCCGCUGCAAACGACGGUUCGUCAGUGGGUUUUUAGUUAUCAUGGUCGACACGUUGUUAAGUUAAGUUUAAAAGCAAGAAGGAAAAAACUGUACUUGUUCAAAAUAUAAUAGAGCAAACUGUGUCUGUCGUUUUGGAAACAAACCACGGGUUUUAAUGAAUUGCACCAGGGUUCUGCAGAUACUGAACCCCAGGCCAAUGCCAAGUCCAAUUAUGCCUGUGGAUGUGGCAAUGAGAAUUUGUCUGGCACAUUCGCCUCCUCUUCGCAGUUUCCUCAGUUCAUAUGAGGACUGCAAGUCCAGGAUCUUACUCAGCCAGUACAAACCUCUGAGAUCCUGCAUCAGCACCAAGACAGAUGUGGACACUGAUAACAUAGGAUGGAAGAGACCCGAGACCAAAAACAAAAAGAAAGUGGUUUUUGCUGAUUCCAAAGGCAUGUCUCUGACAGCAGUCCAUGUAUUCAAGGAACUCGAAGAAGACCCCAUGUUAGACCUGCAGUUCGAAUUAUCAGACUUGGAGGACGCCAUUGUGGGUCUGAAAGUGGAGAAGGAGAAGAAUUUGAUUUUGGAUUUCCCUCAGCCUGCUGCAGACUAUUUGGACUUUCGGAACCGUUUGAAGAAGAGCCUGGUAUGCUUGGAAAACUGUAUAAUUCAAGAGAGAUCGCUCACCGGCACAGUCAAAGUGAGCAACGUAAGCUUUGAGAAAAUGGUCCAUGUGCGAAUAACAUUUGAUUCAUGGAAAAGCUACACUGAUAUUCCUUGUACAUACAUGAAUAAUGUUUAUGGUUGCGAGGACGUAGACACGUUCUCGUUUUCCAUCGACCUUCCAAGUUUUGUGCCCCCACAUGAGCAGGUGGAGUUCUGCAUAUCCUACAAAACUCAUGAUACCACAUACUGGGACAAUAACGAAGGGAAAAAUUACAAGUUAGUACAUGCAGAGAACGACCCCAGCCAGACCAGUGUAACCCAACAGACGGCAACAGAGUUCAAGAAUCAAGGCAAACGCCCAGAGAUGGAUUUUGAUCAAUUUGGGAGCCCGAGAACAUCUAAUGGAUUCUUCCCCGAGUGGCAGAGUUGGGGUCAUAUUGAGAACAACACCCCCUACUGGUGACAGUUCAAGAACCCUGAUGAACUUGAAGUAAAUGUUGUAACAAGGACAAAUGCAAAUGGUUUUAGAAUUGACUUUUGAAAAGUCUGAAGAGUAGAAAUUAGCAAUGAUGUCCUCAAAAGAAAACCAUUUUGGCCAUGUGUGGCCAUCUUUCAUACUGUCCAAAUUAACUUAAUGUUGGUGUAUGAUUCUGAGAUACACAUUUAGUUUAAAAUGAGAAGUUUGGGCUUUAUGCAACUUUGAGACUAACCAUGUUAACCAUAUGGCAGUUACUCAGAAUGAAAAAUGUUGGUUUAUGUUAUUUUCUACAUUUUCUAGCACACUAUGUACACUAUUUUGUAGAUCUUGCAUGGGGUAAACCAAUAAUUUUCAUAACAUAGAUGCCUUCCUUUGUGUUAUUCAGUGAUUAACUGUUAUACAAUGGCUUCUGAUUCUAAUAAUUUUGUUACCUUGAAGGGUAAUAAUUUUGCUACUAGGGGUGGAAUGGUUCAACUUACUCACGGUUAAAUUUGUAUCAAGGUUUUAGAGUAACGUUUCGGUACUAUACGAUAUGUUUAGAGAAAAACUAUACUGUCAAAUAAAAAUAAAGAAAAUACAAAUAAUCUACCUAACUACAAGCAACAGCUCCAAUAAAUACAUAGAGUAAAGAUACAAAUAAAAUGAACAGUGAUUUUCAGUUUUUUUCAGGUAGGUCUAACAUUAGUUUUUAGGUACAGAAAUUAACAAAGUAAUCAAAUAUAAAAUGCAUGGCAUAUUUUACUGUAUAAAUUAAAGAUUAAUCUUUAUUAAUGUUACAAAAGCUAUUCAAUCAUAAGCAGUGAGUGAUUUCCUUGUUGUUGCUGUAUGAUUAAUAUUAAGAAAGUGCCGUCACUUUAAGAGAAUGAACUGAUCCAGUGCACUGAUACAGUAUGUUCAGCUGGCUAUGUCUGCUAAACAUAACAAACACAAUACUUUAUAGAGAGCUUAAUAUUUGCGCGCAUUCUGAGCGCAGCAAAAAUCUCACAAGCUCGAAUCAUCUGGCUCUUAAAUGUUUAAACUGGCAAAGCUUAAACGGGUUUAGUUUAAACACAGAUAGCAACGUGUGCUGUUAGGGACUGCUGCUUCUAUUCCAGCAUACGGCACUCACAUUAAACAAGAGUGAAUGGUUUGUCCAUGGUUUUUUUGUUGUUGUUUUUUCAUCGCUGUUGUUGUAAUGUACUGUGAAGCCAGAAAGCACAUCCAUCAACAGAAACAUAUAUUAGCUGAACCCUGUUUGUUUUAUGUGUUGUUAUUUAAAACAAACCGUAUUACAUAUGCAUUGUCGGAUUCAAGUUGAACCGCGAUCCUAGUGCGUGCCGAACUGUGUGUGGAGAACCGUACGGUUCGAUUUUUUAACGAGAACCGUUCCAUCCCUAUUUGUUACUCUAUCUAAAGUCACUGAAUUUUGUGAAUCCUGCUUUUGAAAUGUGACUGGACUUUAAUAAUUUCAUUCAUCUUCAAAGGGAUAGUUUAACCAAAAAUGAAAGUUUUGUAAAUCAUUCAACCUCCAAACAUGUAUGCAUUUCCUUUAUUUUAACACAAUAGAAGAUAUUGAAUAAAAUGUAUCAGUUUUUUUUUUUUUUGGCCAUAUAAUGAAAGUAAAUGUUGUUAAGGACCCCACUGACUUUCAUUGUAUAUACAAAACAGUUAUUCAAAUUAUGUUCUCCAGUGUUCCACUGAAGAAAAGUUUAAUACCACAUGAGGGUGAUUAAAAGAUAAUAGAAUUUUCCAUUUUGAGUGAAUUGUCCCUUUAACAGUAGUGCAAAAAUGUGUGUAAUUUUCAGAUUAUGGAAUAAUCUAGUACAAUGUGAGAUUGCUUCAUAUUGAAGUUUUUGCAUCUCAUUUGAUAGUACCAAUUUAUCUCUCACUUUAUAGUGAAUGCACUAAGCUUGACGCAUUAUAAAGUAGUCCAUGAGAGAUAAUAAUGCCCAUUAAGUGCUAAAUCCCUGCUGUUGCACUUCUGAUUUUUCCUACGCCUGUUCUACUUUUUUAAAACUCCACUUUCCUACAACAGUUUUUUUAAAAACAUAUUUGCUGUUAUGGUAUUGUGUGUGGCUGUGUGCUGCAUUGUGAUUUAUAACCCAUGGUGUGUGAAAACUCUCAAGUGUUAUUUGGAGGCUAGAAGAUGAGGGAUUUGGAUGUAACUUUAUGAAGGUCAUACUCAGUCAGGUAGAGUUGCUAAGGAGAGUGAUAAUAUUGAAUGAGAUUGUUGCUUUUUUCCUGAUUGUUUUUCCCUCUUACGCUUCAAUAGAAAAACAGGUUAAGGCCUUGAACGAAGGUGAUUGUGGACUGUGAUGAACCGUGAGCUGCUGUAAUUGCGGACUGUAGGUUGAAUGUAAAAAGGGGCCUACAUAUUUUUCUACUGCAAAGAAAGAUGUUUGUUUGAAAGAAUCUUGUACUAUACUCUGUGUUCCUGUUAGAAAUAAAACCUAAUGUUUCUAUGA